AUGAGUAAUGAUACAAAUUAUUGGAAUUUUACAAUGGCAAGAUUCAACGCAUGCAAGAAGCAGACACGUGAGGAAAUGUUUAGAGCAAAUGAAACGCCUGAAUUCAUGCAUUAUUACAUAAACCACGAUGAGAAUCAAAGUUAUAGUUAUCUAAAACAGAAAAUGAAUGAAGUAGCCGAAUUGGAAGCUCAAUAUGUACAAAUGGCUCUUAGAAUGUCACCUCGUAAUGAAAAGCCAUAUUACGAACAAAUUCGCCUGAAAGACUUCGAGACAAGAAAAGUAGUAAUUAACAAUCAACUAGCUAAGCAACUUCGCGAUCACAUCAAAUUAUUGAUUGAACAAGCUAAAAAAGCUUAA